AUGUUAUCAUUGUACAGCCGUGUUGGAUUAACAUCUAUUAGACAAUCCUUAUUAAAGCCAUGUUUAGUUCGUGGUAUUAAAACUAUUCCACAACCUCCGGGAUAUAUCGUUGGUUCUGUCAAUGAUGCUUACGUUCCUCCAGGACCUAAGAAAUUCGAAGGUUCUUUACACUGGACAAGUGAAAGAGCUGUUGCUAUUGGUUUAGUGCCAUUGGUGUUGGCACCAUUCCUCACUGGAGCUACGACCCUUCUUGAUUCAACUAUGUCGGGUUUCAUAUUAUAUCAUUGUUACACCGGGUUCCAAUCUUGUAUUAUUGAUUAUAUUCCAAAGAGAGUCUACGGUUCCUUGUUCAACUUCAGCAUGUAUUUAUUAACGUUUGGAACUGGUAUCGCAGGAUACGGUAUUUACCAAAUAGAAACUAAAGAAGGUGGUAUUUCUACUAUUUUAUCCAAGCUUUGGAAGGCUUGA